AUGCCAAGCGGUCGUCGCUUGUCGCAGCUCCCAGCUAACUACGCACACACACACACGGCCAUCGUGCCCCGCCAAACCUACAGCACCCGGCUACCCCCCACCCCCCCUCUCGCUCACUGGCCACGCGAGCGCGCAACGAAAGUAAAAGUGACGAAAAAAGAAAAGAAAAGAAAAAAAAACAAGCAAAAAGAAAUACGAAAUAUACGACAAGGAAAACAAACUAAGAUAUUCUAACGGUUAAAAAAGCUAAGCAGCGCUCGAGCAGCGCUUAUUACACAACUGGCGCCCCGAAAGAGAGGAAGAGAAGGAAAAGAAACGAAGAGUUUUUUGUGUGUGAUAAUUAAAUGUCUUCUUUUUCGCCUUGGCUCGCUGUGAAAAUGAUUUAAGCAAAGUGUUCACAAAGAAAUUUUAUAAAAAUUAUUAAAAAAGGAAAAACAAAACAACAAAAAAUAUAACGAAAAGCAAACGACACACAUUUUGGAACUUUUCAUAUAGAUUUUUGUAAUUUUUUUUUUUUUCGUUAUUUUUUUUUGUGUAUUUUGAGUGAAAGUGAAGCAGGGCAAGCGACGCGCCGAACGUGCCCCAUCAAUUUGUGGGAUAUUUUAUUUUAUUUUUUUUGUUGUUUUUCGCCUUAUUUAAAUCAUGCGCUUACAACGCGCGCUGCGGCCGCAGCUGGUGAUGCUGCUGCUGCUGCUGGCGUUGGCAGCGACUGUCGCGCAGCCGGCCAUCGACAACAGGGACAACAAGGACAACAAGUCCUCGCCCAUCAUCAGCGCCGAUCAGCACAAUGUCAUCAAUUUGAGCCUGCAUACGGAAAACAACAACAACAACAACAGAAGCAGCGACAGCAGCAGCGGCAGCGACGCCGACAUCAGCUUUGAUUUGACGCGCACGCAGCGACUGCGCGAUGCGCUCAACGUAUUCGAUCUGUCGCUGCUUGCGUCGCAGUGGCCACGCCUCGAAGCCACACGAAUGCUGAGCAUCAACUGCACGAAGGACAUGCGCAGCUAUCUGCACGGCCUGACCGAUUCCAAAAUGUGGGCUGUAAAAAUGGACGAUGCUUCCGGCCAUUAUACAUCCGGUUUCUUCUAUGGCAACAAUUAUUGGAUGGGUUCAUUAGCCCUUUGCGAUGCCAUUUACGAUGGCUCGAGCACCAUCGACAGCAGCAGCAGCCCCAACAGCACCGCCAGCAAGGACAACAGCACAGCGAACAAUGGGAAUGCCAAUGCCAACGGGAACGGAAACGGGAACGGGAGUGGGAAUGGGAAUCGGAACAAUGGACUGCCCUUUGCCGAGGCAUAUGCCGAGGCCUACAGCAGCGUCUACAAUGCGCCGCCUCCGUUUCUGCCCGGUUUCUAUGUGCUCAAGCUGCAGCUAAAUGAGACCAUGCCAACACAGGUGCUACGCACCAUUUACAUGGGCAUGUGCCUGCCCUCCAGCUGCAGCAUUGCUGAUGUGCAUCGGAUGAGCGGCUAUGCGCGGCAGGAGCUGCCCAGCCGGGAGCUGCGCGUGCUGGACAUACGCGUGCCCACGGACAAGGAGUUCAACAUAUGGUCGGACAAGACCUUCUGCCUGCUGAUCGUGGUCUCCGGCAUUGUGCUCGGCCUGAUCUGCUGCGGCACGCUCUACGAGAUCUAUCUGACGCGCCAGCUGCAGGAGGCGCUGCGUCUGCAGGACAAGGAGAUGAUGAACAACAGCGAGACGAGCUCCGGCAUUGGCUGCGCCUCCUCCGACUACAGCGACACGAUGACCGGCCACGAGGAGGCCUUGAAGCAAUCCAAUCAGUCCGAUUCACUCAAACAGCUUGAUCAGCUGGUGCUGCAUCUGCCGCCCGUCGGCGACAAUGACAGCGGCAAUGGGCACCAUCACGAGCACGAACAUGAGCAUGAGCACGAGCACGACAGCAACAACAACAACAACAACAACAGCAACUCGGACGAACACCUGGAGGGUCAUCUGCACGAGCCCGAAAAGCUGAGCAUCUACUCAGAACUUCUGCUCUCCUUCUCGGCCAUCACAAACUUCAAUGCCAUUUGCGAUCGCAACGUGGGCGCCGACACAAUACCCUGCAUCCAUGGACUGCGAGCGUUCAGCAUGGCCUGGGUCAUACUGGGACACACGUGCAUUGUUGUGUUCAAGUACUCGGACAACAUGGAGAUGCGCAAAGAGGUCGAGCAGAACUUCUUCUUUCAGGCAAUAACGAACGGACCGUUCAGCGUGGACACGUUCUUCUUCAUCAGCGGCUUCCUCAUCUCGUACCUGUACUUCCGCACGAAUGCCAAGGGCAAGCUGAACAAGCUGAGCAAGGGCGCCAAUGAGUUUACCGCCGGCACUGCACACUUCUUUGGCCUGGUCGCCUAUCGCUUUAUGCGCCUGACCGCGCCCUAUCUGUUCGUGCUGGGCGUCGUCCAGGUGACCAUGCGCUAUCUGGCCGCCUAUUCCAUAUUCGAUCCGCCGACCAUGGAUCACAUUACCUGCCCGGACUACUGGUGGCGCAACAUACUCUACAUCAAUACGCUCUUUCCCGUUGAUGAGAUGUGCAUGUUGUGGAGCUGGUAUCUGGCGAACGACACACAGUUCUAUAUGAUCGGCGCGAUUAUCCUGAUCGUGGGCGUGCGUCAUUUCAAGCUGUCGGCCAUCACGACGCUGGUCUUCCUGGUGCUCUCCUGGAUAACGACGGCUGUGAUUGCCUUUACGAACAAUCAUCGUCCGAAUACCGACGAUCCGUUGGCGCUGUUCGACAAGAUCUAUGACAAGCCCUGGACCAGGCUGGGCCCCUAUUUGAUUGGCAUGGCCGUGGGCUGGAUAUUGUUCCGGACCAAUUGCAAGAUCCGUUUGCCCCGGCUGACGGUGGCCACCGCCUGGACGCUGGCCAUGUUGAAUCUGUUUGUGUUAGUCUUCGGCCUGUACCGUACGGAUCUCUCGCAGUUCACGGCGGCCGCCUACAGCUCGCUGAGCCAUUCGGCGUGGGCGCUCUCCCUCGCCUGGAUCACCAUCGCCUGCUCGACGGGCUAUGGCGGCUAUAUCAAUUCGCUGCUCUCGGCGCCCUGCCUCUAUCCCUUCUCGCGGGUGACCUACUGCGCCUAUCUGGUGCAUCCCAUUGUCAUACGCUCCAUGGCGCUCAACUCGGAUGCGCCCCUGCAUUUGGGCGGCGAUUUGAUGGUCGUCAUGUUCUUUGGUCUGACGGUCGCCUCCUAUUUCCUGUCCUUUGUCGUCUCGAUGUCCUUCGAGGCGCCCGUCGUCACAAUGCUCAAAAUCUUGUCACCUAGUCGAAAAAAACGUCUCGCCUAAGCCGGCGUACCCCCCUCCCUCCUCACCCCUCACAUACCCUAUUUAUGCGCUACUAUAAACGAAUACAUAUUUUACUUUAUAAUACGACACAUCCAUCUAUUCGAAUGUUGUCUCUGUUUCCCCUCUGAUCUAGCACAUUCUCAUUCGCCACAAGCAAGCAAAUGUUUAUCGUAUUUAUAGCAUCGAUCGUUCAUUUAAAUCAUUCCUCAACUAUUCCAAUUUAUUCUUUUUGCCUUUUUAACUCACUUUCUUUCUGUCUCUUUAACAUUCCACAGAUUUGUAUCUAUAUAUAUAUAUUUUUUUUUUUGUUUCGUAAUGUGUACAUUUUAGUCGUUUAAUUUAUUCCAAAGGUUUGGAAAUUUUGUGCGUGUCGAAAAAUAAUAGUACUUAAUAGUAAUAAUUAUAUACAUAAUAUAUAUGAAAAACAUAAAAGAAAAACGAACAAAAAAAAACCACACACACACACAACUCUAGUACCUAAUUUUACAAGUUCAUGUUGUAUAUAUAUAUACUAUAUAAUAUGUAAAAACCUUUAAAUAAAAC